AUGAAGCUUCAGAACUCCGGCACGAUACCGGUAUACACGGUUUCCGGCGCAUCCACCGCACGCUCACUACCAGAAUGGCUGAGUCGCAAGAAAAAGCGAUCUCUCAAAAAUGACCCCGAAUACGCGAAUCGCAUUGAGCUGCUGCAGGAUUUUGAGUUCGAGGAGGCGUCCAUGUGCGUCCGGGUCAGCGAGGAUGGCGACUGGGCCAUGAGCACCGGAACCUACAAGCCUCAGAUUCACACCCACCAUCUAUCGAGCCUGUCCAUGUCAUAUGCAAGGCAUACAUCAUCCCUGAACCAGACCUUUGUUCUCCUCAGCUCGGAUGUCAGUAAAAGCUUACAUUUGCAAAAUGACCGUCGUCUCGAGCUACACACCAUGGCUGGCUGCCACUACCACGUUCGUCUGCCUAGGUUCGGACGUGAUCUAGCCUAUGACCGCCACUCGACCGAGGCCCUUGUGCCUGCAACAGGACUGGACUCAGACGGCAAGGCGGAGGUCUUCAGACUCAACCUGGAGCUCGGGAGAUUUAUGAAAUCGUACCAGAUUGACUGCGGCACGGACGACGGCAUAGAGCAAGGACUGCAGGGCAGCAUAAAUGUGGGCAGUGUCAACACCGUGGCCUUGGCCGAGAACACGCACAACCUCUCCGCUUUUGGAACUUCUAUUGGCACAGUCGAGUUUUGGGACCCUCGAACCAAGUCCCGUGUGGCCACAAUAGGAGGCCAUGAUGGGGAAGUCACCGCUCUUGAGUUCAGUCCAUCGGGACUUCAUAUAGCGACGGGUUCUAGUACUGGUAUCAUACAGCGCUACGACCUUCGCCGACCUGUGCCUCUUCUUAAGAAAGAUCACGGCUUUGGUCUCCCCAUUAAAAAUAUCAUUCACAUGACUACCUCCUCGCAGGAAAAGAAGAUACUUUCGGCCGACAAAAAAUCAAUCAAAAUCUGGGACGAGUCAAACGGCAAUCCUUGGACUACGAUUGAGCCCGUUGUCGACAUUAAUCAUGUCGCUUGGUGCAAGGGAACCGGCAUGCUGUUCUCCGCCAACGAAGGUCCUCAAAUGCAUGCUUGGCUGAUUCCCCAUCUGGGCAACUCCCCAAGGUGGUGCUCGUUCCUUGACAAUCUGGUUGAAGAAAUGGCGGAGGAGGUUCACACAGAGACAUACGACGACUACAAGUUCCUGACCCUACCCGAACUCAAACAGCUCAGUCUUGCUCAUCUCAUUGGCAAGACAAACCUUCUCCGACCAUAUAUGCAUGGUUACUUUGUCGCUGCCAAGCUGUACGAACAGGCCCGACUCAUUGCGAACCCAUACAUGUAUGAGGAGGAGAGGAUGAAGAGGGUCAAGGAGAAGGUCGAGAAAGAGCGUGCCAGCAGAAUCAGGGGCAACAAGAAGGUCAAGGUUAACCAGAAGCUGGUUGACAAGCUUCUCAAGAAGCAGGAGAAGAGGGAGAAGGUUGAUACUGAGGCUGGUGUCCUUGGUGACGACCGUUUCAAGAGCCUCUUUGAGGAUGAUGACUUUGUCAUUGAUGAGACCAGUAGAGAGUUCAAGGCCCUCAACCCCAGCACUGUUGUGGCACCGCAGGAAGCCGAAAGUGCAAACAAGACUCGGUCUGAUGAGGAUACGAGCGAUGACGAUGACGAUGAAAUUCGAGGAUCUGGCAAAGAUGGUGUACAGAUGCGAGUUUCAUCUUCAGCAAAUCAAGGCAAACGCGCCAAAGAUACCGUGCUUGGAUCUCGCAUGCCAAAGUCUAGAGUUGAGAAGACACGUUAUGGAGGACCAGGCGUCGGCGAAAAGGAGAUCACAUUUGUUCCAGAAUCCAAAAAGAAGAAGGAGGAGCCUGUUGCGAUCAGGCCCAAGCCUUCCAACGCAAGGCGAAGUGCAAGCUCGAAUACAAUGCGCAAACUUUGA